AUGCAGCACACAUAUGCCCACAGGAGGAAAGCACCACAGCACAGGCCGCCACCCCCAAGGUACUUCUCAAGAGCACCUUCCCGCUUGCCAACUGUCUUUCCCCAUUUGAACCCACAUCCCCCAUCGCCUCACCCGUGCCAGCUGCUGCCACAUGCGGCGGUAGCCUUGAGAAUUGGCCUGCCCGCCGUUCCUGCUGCGGCCGCGGUGCGUGCCCUGGCUGCCCUGCCGGGGACCGGGCCCGCGCUGGCCCCCCAUGUGCGCCUGCUGCGCCUGCUGCGGGCGAAGGUUCUGGUGCUGGCGCUGCUGCUGCUGCUGCUGGGCGCCGAGCUGGGCCUGGCCCAGCAGCGCGCCCAGGUCGGCGGUCAGCGGCAGCCCGCCCCCCAGCUGGGGCUGCUGGCGCGACAGCAGCGCUGCCUGAGCGUACGCCUCCGCCUCAGACCACUCCAUCCCGGGGUGGGCAUACUGGUGGGUGGGGGAAAGGGGGAGUGCGGGGUGAGAACUUGUGCCCGUUCGCCGGGCUGGCGUCAUUCUGGCACACAGGACAGCCCCACGCUCGUUCCCUUCAUCCUGGCAUCCAUUGUGACCAUGCGCCGCACCCUCCAGCGAUGUGAAUUCGGGCUGGACACCGACAUCACCUGCACCUGGUAG